AUGGAUGGAACUGCAAAAUUAAUUUUUGUCCUGGGUGGUCCAGGUGCUGGCAAAGGUACCCAGUGCUUACGAAUUAUUGCUGAUUACCCUAAUUUUGUCCAUUUAUCAGCUGGAGACUUGUUAAGAAAAGAAAGGAUGAGUGGGAGUGCUAAUGGAGAACUUAUACAAAAAUGUAUUGAUGAAGGGUCAAUUGUCCCUGCUGAAAUCACUGUUGCAUUAAUAAGACAAGCUAUGAGAGAGGCUGGGUGGACCACAAAACGGUUUUUGGUUGACGGGUUCCCAAGAAAUGACGAUAACUAUUUGACUUGGUUCAGGCUUUCUCCAGAUGUAGAUGUGGAAUAUUGCUUGUUUUUGGACUGCGACCCUGACAAGAUGGUGGAGAGAAUUGGCAUGAGAGGAGGAACGAGGAGUGAUGAUAACCCUGACGUCGUCAAAAAGAGACUGGUCACUUAUAAUGAACAAACAAGGCCAAUUAUUGAAAGGUUUGAAGUUCAAGGAAAGCUGCUGAGGGUUGAUGUGAAUGGGACACAAGAUGAGGCAUAUCAGAACACUAUUAGAGGUUUAGGAUUAAUAAGCUAA